ACGUGGGUUGUCCUGUCUCUGUCAGCUUCUCCUGGCUGCUGUAGGUCAGUUAAACACAAGACCACCAUGGUACUGAAUCCAGUCAUUUCCAAACUUGUUGGUAAACUGGUGGUGCUGGCCAGUGCCUCUCCUAGAAGACAGGAGAUACUUCGAAAUGUGGGUUUGCGUUUUGAGGUCGUACCAUCUUGGUUUAAAGAAACCCUCAAUAAGGAACUUUUUAAAGAGCCUCAUGAGUAUGCUGUGGAGACAGCCAGGCAGAAAGCCCUGGAGGUGGCUCGGAGAAUGCCCUUUAAACAUCUGAAAACUCCAGACAUGGUAAUUGGAGCAGACACAAUUGUGACCAUAGAUGGAAUGAUUCUGGAGAAGCCGGUGGACAAACACGAUGCAUACAGGAUGCUGUCAUGCCUGAGUGGUAAAGAGCACAGUGUCUUUACUGGUGUUGCUGUUGUCCUUUGUCAUGAGAAAGAAAACGAAGAAGUGGAUUACCAGUUGAUAGACUUCUAUGAAGAAACAAAGGUGAAGUUUGCUGAUCUCUCAGAAGAUAUGCUGUGGGAGUACAUCAAUAGCGGUGAACCCAUGGACAAGGCUGGUGGUUAUGGUAUUCAAGCGCUUGGUGGCAUGCUGGUAGAGUACGUUCAUGGAGACUUCCUAAAUGUUGUGGGUUUCCCCCUCAACCACUUCUGCAAACAGCUUGAUGUUAUUUACAACCACCGUUUUUUGUUCGCCAACGACACAAGUGAGUCUGUCCGCCUGAUUCCCAACGGUGGUCCCUCUUCACCAGAACUAACUCAGAAAACACCAAACUCCAAUGAAGACAAAUCUAAUCUCAUGCUCAGCAGUCCCACUGCCAGUCCAGCUCAUAAGGUAAAAAGGAAAGAUGGUAAAAGUUUAGCGAGUGAGAAAUCCUGGACGUUGGUCGACGGCUUGUCUAAAUGCAAUGAUGGAGAGACCAAACUUCAUGACACUGAAAAUAAACCAUCAAGAUUGAUAACAAGCAGAAAAGAAGGAAUUAAGCCUGAAGUGGCAGGAGAUGUUGACAGUGAACCUAACAAAGAUUUGCAGCUGCUGUAUGAACUUAUGGAUGGAUUCAAAGCAUCAAAGGCCCUCUUUACAGCAUCCAAGCUGUGUGUGUUUGACCUGCUGCACAGUAAACCAGGGCUAGAUGCGGAGCAGGUGGCCCAGAAGAUCAACAUUUCUGUGAAAGGGGCAGAGUGCCUGCUGGAGGCCUGUGUGCCUCUGGGACUGUUGAAGACCAAAAAGAGAACAUGUUCAAAGCCUGUGUAUGAGAACACAGAUCUGGCCACGGUGUAUUUGCGCUCAGAUGCUUGUCUUUCUCUGCACGGAUACAUUCAGCACUGCAACGACACACUGUGGCCUCUUUUCUCACACCUGGAGCGUGCUGUUAAGGAGGGAGCUUGUCAGCGUGACAAAGUCAAGGAAUCUAAGGAUGAAUGCCAGGACACUGUAAGUAACAGUCAAGAUGACAAGCUGAAGUUCAUGAAGGCCAUGCACAGCUCUGCUAAAGUCGCAGCUAAGGCCAUAGCAAAGGCCUUUGACCUCUCCAGCUACAAAAAAGCCUGUGACCUCGGAGGAUGCACGGGUGUCAUGGCCUAUGAGUUUAUUAAAGCCCAUCCUGAACUGUCAGUGACUGUGUUUGAUCUGCCUGCUGUUGUGGACAUGACUGAAUAUUUCCAUCCGCAAAGCACAGACAGCAGGGUGUCUUUUAAAACUGGAGACUUUUUUAAAGAUGAGUUGCCGAAAGCAGACUUGUACAUCCUUGUGAGGAUCCUUCACGAUUUGACUGAUGAGAAGCUGCACGUUCUGCUGAGCAAAACUGCAGCUGCUUGCACUCCAGGCGGCGGCCUCCUGCUGGCUGAGAUCCUUCUGGAGGAAGACAGAAGCGGUCCGAGGUGCGGCCUGCUGCAGGCGCUCAGCAUGAGCGAGGGGAAACAGCGAAGUGCAGCAGAGUACAGUGAGCUUUUGAAGAACUAUGGUUUUCUCACAACGCAUGUCAAACACACAAACAGCCUCCUGGGUGUGAUGCUUUGCAGAAAAGCAUGA